CCAGCCUUUCUGUCCUACACUUCCACUGAGCAAAAUGGUCUGGGAUUAUUUUGGAUUCUCUCGCACUUCAAAUAACACAGAAGAUGAAUCCCCCACAGCGGCUCUCAACAAUCCAGCAGACAUCUCUGUUAUUGUCAUUUACUUUCUGAUUGUUUUAGUUGUGGGAGUUUGGGCUAUGGUCCGCACCAAUCGAUCCACUGUGGGUGGCUUCUUCCUUGCAGGGAGGAGUAUGGUGUGGUGGCUGAUCGGAGCGUCGCUCUUUGCCAGCAACAUUGGCAGCGGCCACUUUGUAGGGAUCGCCGGUACUGGUGCGGCUGCUGGAAUAGCCGUUAGUGGAUUUGAAUGGAACGCUAUUAUUGUUGUCGUUAUUCUAGGAUGGCUCUUUGUACCAAUCUACAUCAAAGCCGGGGUUGUCACCAUGCCUGAGUACUUGAAGAAGAGGUUCGGAGGACAGCGAAUUCGCAUCUAUCUCUCUGUGCUCUCCCUCUUCCUCUACAUCUUCACAAAAAUCUCUGCCGACAUGUUCUCUGGUGCCAUUUUUAUCCAGCAGGCUCUUGGACUGAAUAUCUACGUUGCUGUUAUCGCUCUACUGGCAAUCACUGCACUGUACACCGUCACAGGUGGACUGGCGGCAGUGAUAUACACAGACACCUUACAGACCGUCAUUAUGGUUACUGGAUCCUUCAUUCUCAUGGGUUUUGCUUUCAAUGAAGUGGGGGGCUAUGAAAAUGUCCACGAUCGCUACAUGACUGCAAUUCCCUCAAUCACCGGUAACAUCAGCGAAAAGUGCUACCAGCCUCGGUCAGACGCCUUCCACCUUUUCAGAGAUCCAUUAACUGGAGACUUGCCUUGGCCUGGCAUGGUGUUUGGACUCACCAUUCAGGCUACCUGGUACUGGUGCUCAGAUCAGGUGAUUGUCCAGCGUUGCCUCUCAGCCAAGAAUCUCUCUCAUGUUAAAGGAGGUUGCAUUUUGUGUGGCUACCUGAAGCUGUUGCCAAUGUUUCUCAUGGUUUUUCCUGGAAUGAUAAGCAGGAUCUUGUAUUCUGAUGUGGUGGCAUGUGUGGACCCAGAUGAAUGUCAAAAAUACUGUGGAGCUACUGUAGGAUGCACCAACAUUGCCUAUCCCAAACUUGUGGUUGAUCUUAUGCCCAAUGGUCUGAGGGGUUUGAUGCUGUCUGUGAUGAUGGCCUCUCUAAUGAGCUCCCUUACCUCAGUUUUUAACAGUGCUAGUACUCUCUUCACCAUGGACAUCUAUACUAAGAUCCGUCCCUAUUCCAAAGAGAGGGAACUGAUGAUUGCUGGCAGGGUGUUUAUCUUGGUCCUGAUUGGAAUAAGUAUAGCCUGGAUCCCUGUGGUGCAGUCAGCCCAGAGUGGUCAACUCUAUGACUACAUCCAGUCAAUCACCAGCUAUCUUACUCCACCUGUGGCCGCCGUCUUCAUGCUCGCCAUCUUUUGUAAAAGAGUUAAUGAAUCUGGUGCCUUUUAUGGACUCAUCAUUGGCCUGCCAAUAGGAUUAUCCAGGAUGAUCACAGAGUUUGCAUACGGGACAGGGAGUUGCAAUAACCCGAGUAAUUGUCCUGACAUCAUCUGUGGAGUGCACUACCUCUACUUUGGGAUGAUCCUGUUUCUUGUCUCUUGCAUCAUCAUAGUUGGAGUCUCCCUAAUGACCCAGCCCAUCGAUGACAAGCAUCUGUAUCGAUUGUGCUGGAGUCUGAGGAACCGUACGGAGGAAAGAGUGGACAUUGACCCGGAUAAUUGGGUUAAUGAUGAGGAAGAGGACAACAAAUUUCAACAUGAAGAACCUGAGGAGAAACCAGGCUUCUGCAAGAAAGCACUCAUGUGCUUCUGCGGACUGGAGGAGACAAAAGCACCAAAACUGAGUCCAGAGGAGGAGGCAGAAUUGAAGAAAAAGCUCACAGACACAUCAGAGAAGCCUCUCUGGAAGAACAUUGUCAACAUAAACGCCAUCAUUCUCCUGUGUGUGGCUGUGUUCUUUCACGGAUACUUCGGUUAGACAAACCCCAUCAACUUUAAGAAAUCCUGGAUACUGUAAUUUAUAUCAAAGUCACAAGAUUUUACAUGGAUUUAAAUUAUGACCAAACUGUUGGCACUUAGCCCCAGAAAUAAUAUAUGGCAAUGCUCUAACUGUGCUGCAUCCUUCCUCCUGUAUUGUUCAAUCUAAUCUCACACGGGAAACAAAGUGUAUUUUUAACAGAAAAUUUUGCUGUGAAGUUAACUUUUCCUGUUGUUUGUCACCUGGAGUAAACCAGUAAACUAUGGUUUACCGCAUCUAACCUGUGAGGAUGCCUAAAAACUCACCCAUUUGUUCUGCUGACUUCUGCCUAUCAUAUUUGUAGAUUUACCUGGAUGAACUGAUGAAUUGUGUGAAUGCGGUAAAGCUCUUUAUACCUUA